AUGGCUGGCAACGCACAGAACUUCGAGGGCGACCGAAGCCUCGUCAUCGCCCUCAGUACCGUACUCUCGGUACUUGGAGUUGCGCUCAUCGUUCUCACCAUUUGCCUAUGCUACCGCUACCGCUACGGCCGUCUCCCUCUCGCCCCUUGGCGCAGACGGGGCCCAUUCAGUCAACGCGGAUGUACGCCCAUUGACGACGAGGAGAUUGAGUCUUGGAAGGCCAACCGAGCCAUUGAGAAAUCGACGACAAUCGUCAUUGACAAGCACGAUCCGGCUCCCACUGUCAGCAAGCCGCCCAGCGUGAUCGUCUACCAGAAUCACCACCACUCGAACCAGUCUCGUGCCUCGUCCGAGAUUUCCCCUCGGUCUCUGUAUCACAAGCGCAGUAUGGACAAAAAGAGUAUGGACGUUCCGAACACUCCCGUCCUCGCUCGGGCGCCCAAUGCUCGCGUCGGUCUGACUGACGACACAAUCGAGGGAGACGCCGCCUUCCUCCCUUCACCGAAGCGCCAAAACUCGAGGCUGUCCAAAUUGCCACCACUCUCACCCCGCAAUGGUCACGGCAGACACCGCAGCUCCCGCAGCAGUGCCAGCGUCGGUAGCCUACGAGACCACUGGUUCGGCUACCAAACCGACGUUGAGCUCUCACCACGAGGCUCCAUCGACCAUUACGCCCACAUGCCUUCAUCUGCGCACUCUGAUGGUAGGCACCAGCGGAUCUACUCCGACUCCUCGAUCCCUCCGCGGCUGUCUCUCGACGAGGAAGUACGCAUGGGUGGCCUCUCCCCCCGACCCUAUCUCCGGCAAUCUGAGAUUGGCAUUGCCGUAGGCUGA